AAGUAGUGUUGGAUCGCCAUGAUUUUUUCAAGCCAUCUAGAUCUAACCGAUGCAAAACCAAAACACGGGAUCAUUUGGAUUUCUUUCGUAUCGCUUGAAUUUUGACAAGGAGCGCAAGCUACCAAAAAACGUUGCAGAAUGAAGCAGCUAUCGACUAUGUCGUCGCGCGCUAGCUCGAGCUCUCGCCGGUUCGUCGUUCCCGGCGCUACUACAACUGCCGACAGAAAACACCUUUCGUGGCGGGUUCUUUUCAGACGGGAGUUUCUUGGCUCACCAGACCACGUAAACGGUUCCUGUCGCGACCUUCGACACGCUGCAUCUUCUGCGGCUUCUGGCAGCGUGAUGAUGUCAACGUGUAGCCGAAAGAUCAACACAACUACGGCGAUAACACCGACGAAAAAAUCUUUCUCCACUACUACUUCAAGAAGAUCUUUUUCCUCGCUUUCCUGGCAUGACGAAAUCGGCUCGCUGAGCUUGAGCGAGCGGCAGGAGGGGUUUCUGCUCUCCAAACUUCCCACACACAUCACGGAACAGGAUCUCUACCAACUCCUGCGGGGAGAGGGUGUUACCUUGGACGACAUCUUUCUGGCCCGCUCCCGACUCGGUCGCAGCACCGGGCGGGCCGUGGUGAGGUGCGAGGAGAACAUCCCGCACGUGGCAAAGAUGCUCUCUUCGGUCUGGUUCGACGACCGGAAUGCUUCUGGUUCUUCUGGCCCACCAGAAGGACACCUUCAAACACCCGCUCUGGCACAACCGCCUGAAGUCUCCUACCGCCCGCUGGAUCGGCACGACAUCCGGCUCUUCAUCGAGCAGGCGGAAGCGCACCUCCGCUACAGCGACGACCUGCACUUCCUCGCACGCCCCGAGCACCUGUUGCGAACGGUCACUCUCCACAACGUUCCGCGCGCCUACGGCCGCCAGGACGUGGCGGCGGUGUUGCUGCAGCACUGCAGUGUGCAGAUCCCGCCGGAGCACAUCGUUUUCCAGAUGAAAAAACACGGCAUCCAGGGCGACAUGUGUUUCGUGGUCUGCGACAGCGAAAAGCAGGCGAAGCACGUGAUGGCGGCGGUGCAGGAGCUGGCGGUGCCCAAGCACGCCAAGUACGAAACGCUGUUCGGCUGCUCCUUUCUGUACGCCGAUCGGAGCUGUUUGUUCUGGAACAACGACUAGCAAAUGUGAAAAAGUCUGGGUCUGGAAAAAGGCAAGAUUUGUGAUGCAGGUUUUCCAUGACCCAUGAGGUCUGGAAUGCGAGACCCAGCAUGACAGGUUCUUUGAGGUCUCUAUCAUGCCUUUCCUGCAUGAGAAACUCCCUCUCAACUUACUUGGUCAAAAGCGGACAGCUUUUGGCACUCUUGCAACACAGAUUUUUGCAUCAUUUAGAUUUAGCAUGACAAGUUCUAACCUUCCAGACCCAGACACUUUUGCAAUCCAUAACGACGGCAGCGAGCAACUCGACUUCGAGCAGGAAAACCGUUACCAGGUGUACACGCAGGGCUGGGACAAAGACCUGUCGGUGGAGGAAUUCACGUCCUUUUUAAACCACUUGAAAUUCUUCCCGGAACGGGUCAGGAAGCUGCAUUCCGUGCUCCCGUUGGCGGGAGGGGAAGAGAGAUUGGCAAGAAGACAAAAUAUGACCGACUCGGAGGAUCAUCAUGUUGGCCAUGCUGCAGAUCAUCUUCAUUCGGAGAAUAAGCAAAGACCCCUUGGUAGUUGUGCACAAGACCAAGCACUAGACGCGGAGUCCUCAUCUCUUUCUCCACAUGUUGACGUUGCAGAGGAAUUAUUUCCCGCUUUCUCCUCCGGCCUCACGAUGAAGGAUUUCAAGAACGAUCAGAUAAACAAAAAAAGAGCUCCUGGUGCACAAAAAUUCCUUCCCUCCUCCGGGUUCAUUCUUGAGUUUUCAAACAUGAAGCUCACCAAAGCCUGUUUCACGCGCCUCCGGAGGAUGAAGCGGCGCUGGCAAAUGCCGGCGAGCACGCUCCUGUACGCGUAUCCGCGCACUGUGGACGUUAUCACACAGAAAAAAGCGGGCAGGGCAUAUUUGUAUUGCAAAAAUAAAUACGUAAAAAAAUCUGCAUUGCGUAUCCGAAAAGCAUGCUAUGGGGCCACACAUGACAAAUUUUUCUGUCUAUUUAUUUUUGCAUUACAAAGAUGCCCUGCCAGCUUUUUUCUCUGGGAUAGACGUGCACUGGGCGCACGAGAAGGUGUUUGCGGACGAGAAGGAACAAGACGUCGAAUUGGUGGAGCCAGUGGUGUAUUAGGCUAGAAGAUUGUCUUUACGCUUCUUGUCGAAAGCAAAGCUUUAAUUUCAACUUGAGAAUAAAGAGUUCCUUACUGACGUCUCUGAUUUUAUUGCUACAGCGAGUUGUGAGCGAAAGAACAAUGUUGAUGUUCGUGUUGCGCGCAUGACAAUGAGUAAGUACAAUAGUCUGAGACCGCUGCGAUCAGAGUUACUGAAAGCAAUCAUAGUCUGAGACCGCGGCGAUCAUAGUCUGAGGCCGCGCAAGCAAGCAACAGGAAAAACUGAAAGUGCAAGUAGGAC